CAAACUUCCCGCCCUGCCCUAGUGACAUUUCACGUCUUCACGUUGCAAACCUCGUUCACUUAGUGAGUAAACUGUCAAUUAGGCAAAGCGUUUACGAAGUCACAAAAAUUAUUGCAAUAAAUCCCGUUUUAAAGUCGAUUUUUAACUGAAAUUUUCACCGUGGUAUUGGUAAAGAAGGUUUAUUAAUGUCCGGGACGAGAUAAAAAGUGCGUGCGUGUCCGCGUAUCGAUCGAUUGUCCGCAUAAAAUUAAGCUAAAGUGAUGUCCUAUCCAGGUGGGCCCGGUAGGCCCAUAAUGCAGGGUUUACCCAUGGCUUACAUGCCCAUGGGGGGCCCUGCGCCCCCCUUAAUGCCCGCCGUGAUGCCCUUACAACACAUGGUACCUAUACAAGUAACCAGUGCCCCGCAAAUAAGGGCUUUACCCAGGCUGAAUCCCAACAGGGAUCAAAUCAAACAAAUACAAGGCCCUGCAGUUACAGUGUUUGUAGGUAAUAUUACUGAAAGGGCCCCAGACGCGAUGAUUCGCCAGAUAUUAGCUACAUGUGGUCAUGUAAUUAGUUGGAAAAAAGUCAAAGCGUUUGGUUUCUGCGAGUUAGCCGGCCCAGAUGCAGGUCUUAGGGCUGUUAGACUUUUGCAUGACCUUUCGGUUGGUGAUAAACGGCUGGUGGCUAAAGUAGAUGCCAAAACGAAAACCGUCCUAGAUGAAUACAAAGCUGAAAGACGAAAAAAAGAGAAAGGUUCCUCUCCAUUGCAAGAUGAACCGGAAGAGGAAGUUUUAGAUGACGAAACUUUGGCUUUAGAUGCUUUGGCCAUUGAAAGAAUUAAACAAAUUAUUAUUGAAUACCAGGAAGAGAUGAACAAUUUUGAACUGAAAAAAGAAGAGGAGGUAAUUGAGAAGUGGAAUAAAGUGUUGGAGGAAGCCGAAGUGGAAGAAGAAAAAAGAGACUUAAUAACAAGAGAAAUAGGGAAGUUCCGGGAGAUAAUGAAAAAACAAGAGGAGGAGAAGGAGGUGCGCAAGAAAAAAGAGGAGGCCAAGGCGGAGAAGAGGGGGGAGUCGAGCACUCGGGAAAAAUCACACAGCCAUUCGCCCAGCCCCAGGAGAAGGGAGAAGGAGGAGACCACCAAGAGGAGGAGAAGGUCCAGAUCAAGGAGCCAUGAGCGCAGCAGGGAGCGCGAACGCGAGCGCGACAGGGAGCGCGAACGCGACGAGGAGCGCAAACGCGAGCGCGAACGCGAGCGCGACGAGGAGCGCAAGCGCGAGCGCGACAGGGAACGCGACAGGGACCGCGACAGAGACCGCGAGAGGGAGAGGGACCGGGACAGAGACAGGGACAGGGAGCGCGAGCGGGAGGAGAAGAAGAGCUCCAAGGACCUGCUCAGGGAGAAGGAGAUGGAGGAGGAGGCCAAGGACAAGAAGAAGCAGGAGCGCAGGGCCAGGGAGAAGGAGGCCGCCUAUCAGGAGAGGUUGAGGGCUUGGGAGACCAGAGAGAGGAGAAAGGCGAAGGAAUACGAAAAAGAGAGGGAGAAGGAUCGCAGUAAAGAGGAGGAGAGAGAACACGAUGCUAAGCGUUUGAAGGAGUUUUUGGAGGAUUACGACGACGAAAGGGACGAUGUCAAAUAUUACAAGGGGCGCGAGCUGCAAAAGAGGAUCGCGGACAGGUUGAAGGAGGCGGAAGUCGACACGCGCGACCGCGUGAAGGAGAAAGAGGAGAUCGAAGAGCUGAAAAACCGUAUUUUCUCGGGCUCGCACGACGACCCGAACGCCGAGUUCGAGAAGGCGAAACGCGAACGCGAGGAGCAAUACAAACCGAAGCUGCUGAUCGACGUGAACUUGGAGCUGUGGAAGCAGAAGGAGCGCGAGAAGGAGCGCGAGCUCGAGAGACAGCGGCAGCGGGAGCGGGAGCGGUACAGGGAGAUCGAGAGGGAGAGGGACAGGCAGCGGCACAGGGAGGAGCGGGAGAAGUACGUGGUGGAGCAGGCCGCGCAGGAGCUGGCGGCCGUCGAAGCGGAACCCAUCGACAGCGAGAGCGAUAUGGAGGACAACGGGGGGAAUUACAGCCCGGUAGAACCGCCCCCGGAGUCGAACAGCGAAUGGACCACGAUACAGGCCGGGGAUGAGGAUUCGCGCCAUUCUUCCUCGAGUUUCGUGCAGCAGCAGCAGCAGUUGCCGCCGCCGCCGGAAGAGACGGGUUUGGUGAAGAUAACGCUGUCGAAACCCAUAGCUUUGGGCGGUGAUCCGAAGCGUAAAAAGCCAGUGGCGGAUCUGCGCGACGUUUUUAACCCGGACGAGGACGACUCCAACACUCCGGUGAAAAAACGCAAACUGGUUCCGCUGGAUUACAACGCUGAAGAGCGCAGGGCCGGUGGGCGGGGUAGGGAUACCAACGGGUCGAGCGGGGACGAAUCCAGUCGAUCGCAGGACGAGAAGCGCAAAAGCAUCAAGUCGCUCAUAGAAAAGAUCCCGACGGAGAAGGGGGCCCUGUUCGCGUAUCAGCUGGACUGGGCCGCCAUCGACAACGGGCUGAUGGAGAAGAAGAUCCGGCCCUGGAUCAACAAGAAGAUCAUCGAGUACAUCGGGGAGCCGGAGCCGACUCUGGUGGACUUCAUUUGCUCCAAGGUUCUGGCGGGCUCGCAGCCGCAGGUCAUUUUGGAGGACGUGCAGAUGGUGUUGGACGAGGAGGCGGAGGUUUUCGUGGUGAAAAUGUGGCGGUUGCUCAUCUACGAGUUGGAGGCCAAAAAGUUGGGGCUCGUCAAGUAAUUUUCCUUGCUGCUCUAAUAUUACGACUACUUAUUCCUAUUUUAUUCCGAUCUAAAGUUCUCUCCCCCGCCCCUAAUUAUUGUUAUUAUUAUUUCAUUAAAUAAACUGUACAAAUUGUCCAAAA